UAAGAUAUCCACAUAUCUUUGUUAACAGCCACUUAACAACUUUGCAUCAUUUAAAAUGCCAGGCCAAUGAGCUGACGGUGGCCCUAGAAGGUGGCCCUAGAAGAUAACAGCGUUCAGGCGGGGGCCAGAAAUUGAUACUUCCAGUCAUUCUUGGUGGUUUGCCUGCACCGACUUUGUGAGCCAGCUCAUGAUCUCAGGAUGUAUGAAAAAAUAACAAUUGCACUACUAUUGUUCGGUUUCAUUACUACAGCACCUGCCAACUUCACAGCUUCAACAUUAAAUAAUGAAAAACAAGACAUUACUUCUGAACAUACGGUUUUAGCAACAAAAUCAAGUUCUGUUUCUACAUCGACUGCCAAACUCUGGUCUUCAACCUUAAGUAAUGGAAAAACUGACCCAACAAAAUCAAGUUCUGUUUCUACAUCGACUGCCAAACUCUGGUCUUCAACCUUAAGUAGUGGAAAAACUGACCCAACAAAACCAAGUGUUGUUUCCACACAGCUCAGAACACCUGUCAAAGCUCUCAACGAAACAGAACGUGGAAAUGGCAAUGGUUCUGUAGAAAAGCCAGAUGUUGUUUCCACACAGCUCAGAACACCUGUCAAAGCUCUCAACGAAACAGAACGUGGAAAUGGCAAUGGUUCUGUAGAAAAGCCAGAAACAAGACAACAAUAUAAUCAUGCUUUGUCAGAACCAGGUUACCACUUUGGGGAUAUCACCACAACCUCCCCUGUUACUGUGAUAAUACCCAUUAUUUUUGGUGUGAUUGCUGGUAUCGUUGGAGUUAUCCUCCUUAUUUCUUAUUGUAUUAGCCGACUGACAAAGGGUGCAAACAUGCCUUUAAAUUCUGUUGAAGCAGAAAUUCCAGGAAAUUAAUCGAUGGAAAUCUGCUCAUGCAGUCAAAUUUUUGGAAAAACUCAAAGGAGACAUGACUUCAGUGAAGUGAAAAAUGAACAUAUGAAUUGGACAUUCUAGUAUCGUGUAGCUCCUAACUUGUACAAUUUUAGAAUGCAGCUUUUACAUCACAACUCCCAGCGACUCAAACAUGAAAAAAAUCUCCUGUCAUUAAUAUUUCAAGAUAAAAAAUUUUCUUGCAUUGUUUUUGUGUUAUUGUAAAUUUUAUAAUCAAGUUAUUGGAAAUUCAGGCCCCAAAUUUUGGUGGAAUUCAUUCUUAUUCUAUACUAUUGUUUUUAAUCAUGGCACUAUCAAGUGAAGGGCUUGUAACACCUUUUCACUGUUUAAAUGAAUUCAGGGGAUACUGAAGUCCUGUCACUCAUUCUCUUAGUUGUUGAACAGGCAAGAUGUGGUUUUACACUAAGGAUGAUAUUCUGUUCACACUAAUAAAACUUGUGCUUGGAAACGCCAUUAUAUAUAAAGAUAGUCACAGCCAUCAUUUAGUGCACAAGUCAAUACAAAGUGUUAUUCCCAUUUAAAAAUGAUAUGUAACAUAUAUACAAAUGACCUACUUAAAAUGACUUGUGUGAAAGUGGAACAUUAACUCCUUCAGUGCCCUGACUGAUACAUUUUGUUUCACUGAAAAAGUUAUUAAUGUAAGUGGUCAGAGUGUACUGAGAAAGAAAAGAAUCAAUUCCUUUUUUUGGAACACAAAUUUGACUCUGAAUGUAACAAAAUGUGUAAAUGUGACAUGGAGGUAAAUAUUUGAAUAGGUCACUCUGUUUUCUCAACUGAAUUCUUUAACCCAUCAGUUUCAGUUCUCAUUAAUAAAACUUUGGAAAUUGUUUUAAGUUAUCUAAAAGAAAUUUCUAGAUAUUAGACUGAGUUCUAGUGGAUAUCCAGCUGUUACUCAUUUAUAGUGAAAAAAAAAAUAAAAAUAAGAAAUACAGUCCUGUAAUAGUCUAUUUCCAAAUUAAUAAAAUUCCAUACUUGAUGUGAUAAUUAAGUGAAUAAUUUUAUGUAUGGAUGUGGGCCUAGCAACUUUUACUUAAACUACCUUGGGCCAUCUUCCAUUGCUUUCCCAGGCCAUAACAGAGAACUGGAUUGAAAGUGGAGCAGCUGGGACUCGAACCGGCGCCCAUAUGGAUGCCGGCACUGCAGGCGGCAGCUUUACCCACUACACCACAGCACCAGCCCCCUGCCCCAUGCUGAAUUUCUUAAAACUGAAGGCUAGGGUGGGAGGGGUGGUGAAGCUCAUUAGACGAUUUUACUCUUCAGUACUGAGUGUUUGUGUGUGUGUGUGUGUGUGAACAAAGGGUCUACACUAGGGAGACAGUGAAUGCAGAAAGGUGAGGGUCUUGUGAAGACAGAACAUGGACAGCAAAGGCAUAGUGAAGGUGGUGUUUUAGUCAUCGUGGAAUAGCCUCUGGCUUUUUCUAGGUAUUCAUCCUAUCAAUGUAGCAUGCCUCUUCAAAGAAGCUCCUAUGAAUCAAAUGCUAUUCAAAUAAAAACAAAUAAACAUGCUGCCCCCACUAA